AGAUCAACCAUGGAUUACAUGUUAAUAUGUGAGUAUUACAUGUGAAAAGCGACCCGCACAGAUGGAAAACAUUGGAGUAGGGAAUUUCCCCGAAGCUGCCAAGUUUCUCAUCCCCGGUGCUCGAUGUUGCUAGUGCUACGGUACAGUCACAAUAUAAUAUUUGAAGGAGUGUGUAUCUGUCUCGUCUGUUGAAUCUGACAACGGAGGUAGUGCUGCUGCGGAAAGUAAGAUGAAGAACUCAGUACGAACCAGAUAUCGGCCACUUCACAGUGGCUCAGCUGCGUUAAAGACCAGAACGCACUCACUUUUGGUCGGAAGUCAGCACAGCAAGUUGGAGCAACGACUCACGCCAUCAUCUCUCUGGACGGCAAAGCGAUUUCAGAGCAAGGUCGGGUUUGCACUGCCGGCAGAUUUCGACUUCAACGAGGCUACCGCAGAUGUGCAGGAGUAUGCACAAAAUUCACCUUCGGGCGAUCGGCUUUCACGUCCAGAAGUACCCGACCGAGCUCCGCUGGACACGGGUACAGCAGAUAAUGCAGUACUUGGCAGAAAGGAUAAGGACGACCACAAGAGUCGGCGAGUUUUUCAAUCGACACGGACAGGGGCGUCAACUACGCCUGCUGCUUGUGCAACCGAUAUCGAAAAAGAUAUCAAUCGCGAGGAAGUAGUACCAGAAUCACGAGCUGCGCCCGAUGAAGUAGCUGCUGAAACUCACGAGGACGGGAAGGUCGAGGACGUGGAGCAAUUGAAGGAGGAAGUUCGUACCUUGUUCAAAAACUUGCGCGGUCAGGCUCUUGACAAGCUGGAGGACUUUUCGCCGGUCCACCUUUUUUCGCUCGCCUGGGCCUUUUCCACCGCGAGAAUUCUCGAUGAUGAGCUGUACAACCGGUUGUCUCAGCGGGCGCUGCUGCUCGCGCUCGAAAUGGACGAAAAGUGGUUACCGGGGGUGUUUUUGCCGGGAAAGAAGGCGGGUGAGCACGUGGCAUCUGCAUCUACGUCGCAAGUACCAAAGUCGCAGCUUCUAGCUGGAUGCGAAGAAACAAGCGAAGCUGCAGCGUGCCAGGACGAGACGCAUGUCGUAAACAAACACAUAAACACUUUCGACCGAGUUGCAGAUGCCGCGGCGCUCUACCACCGGCACGAUGACAAGACUGUCGUAAACCAAAACUUCGGGGACUGGCACGGGACAAAGAUGACCAUCGUGAAGGAGUCGCCGCACUGGAUCGCGCUGCACAAAACCAUCAAGUGGGUGGUCAACCAGCAAGGGGACGGGAGUGCGGCGGACGACACGGAUUUGGCGGACGCGGAACAGGCAGAGAUGCUGAAUCAGAACGAAGCUGCACAGGAUGGUACGGCAGCAGGCACCGCUCUAGUCAGGCCGAAAUCCAAGGCCCCGUCAGUCCAUCACUGGGUGCGGAAAAAAUACGGGUACGCAUACCCGAUUUGCAACCGUGCGGACUUCUCCUACGGAAUUCUGCACCGCUUAGACCACGAGACGUCCGGCGCUUUGCUCUGUGCGAAAACCUGGCUCGCCUACUACUGGCUGCGGCUGCAGUGGUGUGCCGUGAAGGUGCGGAAGCAGUACGUGGUUUUGUGCCACGGCCACGUCAAUCGGAAUGUGAAGGAAUGCAAGGGGCGGAUCAAGGUUUUGAAGCGCAUCGUCGGCGGAAAAAAGACCUGUCUUGCCAGCAUUGAGAAGACCGGAAAGCCGGCGAAAACGGGGAUUGAUGUGCUCGGGCACUUCUGGCUCCCGCGACCGAGAAGCAGCAGAAACUUUGUUCCGGCCGGGAUGAGAAGUCCUGUCUUGCAGGUGACCGACAGUCUGCAGCCGGGACGACAAAUCGUAAAUGAUGCAGGGGACGGUACAGGCACUGGAGGUUUCGACGUCGAGGAAGAUCAUGACAACUGUGCAGACGAAGUAGAAAACGGAGAAAUAAACACGACGAAUAUGAUGCCUGUGUCGCUCGUUCGCUGCCGGCUGUUCACGGGGCGAACCCACCAGAUCAGGGUUCACCUGUCGAAGGAGUUGAACCACCCGAUCUUUGGCGAUAAGAAGUACAGCUCGAGCGAACGACUGAACGAAGACAACGCACUUUGGAAAGAGACUUUGUACAAGCCAAAAAUCUCUUCCACCCCUGCUGUUGUGUCGGAGGAAAUUGCGGAAAGUGAAGAACUACCAGGGAAAUCUUUCUCCACCGACCCUCAAGAGGAACUGAAACGUGUCGAGAGUACUGCCUUUGCAGACGCGCAAGUAACAGGCAGUCGCGACGAGCAGCAACAAGGCGCGAAGAAAGACCCAUCGGUGGAGCAGACCCGGUGGUGGGGAAGGAUGUUCUUGCACACACACAGCCUGGAAUUUGACGACGUCCCGAGGAUAGACGAAACAACCGGAAAAACUGUCUGCGAUCGCCAAGAAGUGUACGUGCCGGUCUCCGCAGAGUUGCAAGCGUUGCUGCGUCGAGCGAAACCAGUGGCAGAAGCAGAUGAAAACGCGUUGGCAGGAUGGAUUGAAACAGACGUACCUCCGUGA